UUGCAAUUGCGUAAUCUGUACUCUAAUAUAUCAAUGACGUAAUUAUGAAUACACAACAAUAUGCAUUUUAGCGCAGGUAGUCUAGAAGCAGUUUACUCUUAUCGUAUUUAAGAAUGAAUUAACUAAUAUAAUAAAUAUAAUAUAAGUUCAAAAAAUCAUAUGAAUGUAUGUUGAUGAAUUCUUUUAACAUUACACAUUAUCUUUGGAUAGAAAAUUGCCUAGUCAGGCACGUCAUCUACGAUUAAAUUCAUUACAAGCAAGUGAUCGUUGAGUACGAUCUAUAUCAUUAGUUUUCGCAAUACCUCUAGUUAGUUAUCUGCAACACGUUUGCUAACAUUCUUUACGAUUUUGUUACAUACUAUGUUAUCACAAAAUAUAUUAGUUCGAACUGGAAAUAUACUUUCCUUAAAUGAGGCAAAAACAAAAGCAAGUCAAAAUCCUACAGAUGAGAUUCAAGGUAUAGAAGAUACUGCAUUGAAAGACAUCAAUAGAGAAGACGUUAAAAUAACUGUGAAAGUAUUUAUUUCAUCACCUGAUGUAAAUUUACUCAAAGAAGCUAUAGAUCAAGUCUGUAAUUCUCUAAACAUAAAUGCAAUUGAAUCUUUGGUAAUUGCUUAUUUAAGCAAGGAAAAUCCAGAAGAAUUAUUAGCAUCAUUGAAACAUCUGUGGACUGGAGUAGAAGAGUAUGUGAAGAUUGGCAAAUUAUCAAGUGUUGGUUUAAGUGAUGUCAACACAAAUAUGUUUAUUGACUUAUUUCAAUGGGCAAAUAUAAAACCAAAUAUUGUACAAAUUAGUUUAGCUACAUGUUGUGUUGUACCACCAGCUUUGCAGACAUUCAGUAAAGAAAAUGAUAUACAAUUAUUAACACAUAAUGAUCCUGGACAAAUUCUACCCGAAGAAGAUCUAAAUGGAAUAUUCAAUGCUAAUACAAAUUUAUAUUGGGUUACAAGAUACCAAAUUCAUCUAAAAUGUCGUGGUAUUUUGUCUUCAAAAGGUUAUUUAGUAUACGUUAGCAAAAAAACUAAGAAGAAUCGUUUCAUUUAUUGGUCAAUGAAGAAACAAAGUGUUAAAUGUGUAAACGUCGGAUUGAAUUCAAACUAUACAUUAGCUGAAGAUCACUUCGUUAAGUCAACCAUCCUCUUCUGUCGCGUUAGGUUGAACCGCAUAUUACAGUCGGGUGGUACAAAGCAAAUUCGAGGCCCAGCUUCGAGCAAAUACUAA